UUAGAUUUAAAAAUGGCAUCAAGAAGUUGACCCCAUCAUUUGUCCCAAGAAAUGGCAGCAAAUGAUGUUGAAUUUUUGUGUAUAUAACUAGGGGGUUGAGCCAGAUGCCAAGCUAAGGUAGUAUCUAGGAGAGAUGGAGAAAGAGAUAGAAAGGGAGAAAAUGGAGAGGGGCAAGUCUGAGCUGAGGGUGGCCAUGGAGGAGCUCUGCUUGCUCAGCCCAGGAGAUGGUGAAGAACAGGAGCAGGAGCAGCAACUUAGGUCAUCCACCAUGGAUCUCCUCUGCGUCUCCAAGCAGCUCCUGCAUGUCCUUGAUGAGAUUGGGCCAACGUUACUAGUCCUCAGGCAAGACAUUCAGCAAAAUGUUCAGAGACUACAAGAUCUCCAUGCAAGAGACUCUUCGAAAUAUGCGACUUUGACGGCGAUUGUGAUAGAGGAAGUGGAGGAAGGGAUCUCAAAGAAGACCAACAGUUGCACCAGGGCUAUUAUCUGGCUGGCUAGGUCAAUAAAUUUCUCAGUACAUUUGCUGGAGAGAUUAAUGAAGAACCCAGAGACAAGCCUGAAAGAGAUGGUGGAAGAAGCAUACAAGAGCACCCUGAAGCCAUUCCAUGGAUGGAUCUCAUCAGCUGCUUACAGGGUAGCAUUGGGUCUCAUUCCAGAAAGAGAGAUCUUUAUUCAGUUGCUGAUGGGGAGCUGCCAGGAUCCUGAGGAUUUUGGAGGAGAUGCCAUGAUCUUGGUCUCCAUUGUACAGCCUCUGCUAGAGGAGAUCAAUGCCAUUUUGGUUAAACACCAGCUGGACAGGCUCAAAUGCACCUGAAACACAAGGAUGCCCAAUCACCUGAUGAUUGUACAUAUCUACUACUGUACUGCACAAGCUAAUUAACCUACCUUGCAUUGUAAAAUGAAGAUUUGUUGGUGUUUCUUUUAGCAACUGCUGGUGGUUGGUUCCAGACUCCCUUUUUGUUAAGCUGUCAGAGAUGUCUUUGCUGUAUGUGUUUUGUGCCCUUGUAGUUUUAGUGGGUUGGAUGUAUCACAGAACUUAUUUGCCUGAAACAAAAUGCAUCUCCUGUUUCUCUUU